AUGAACGAGUUGUUAUCAAGGUUAAAUAUGGGACCUCAAGGAUUUCAGUUCGCUAUUGACAGAGGAGGUACCUUCACAGAUGUCUACGCUAGGUGUCCAAAUGGAAAAGUGCGAGUUAUGAAAUUACUAUCAGUUGAUCCACAAAACUAUGAAGAUGCUCCAAGAGAAGCUAUUAGGAGAAUAUUACAAGAGGAAACGGGUAAUGCUCUUGAUGAUGAUGGCAAAGUCAACUCUUCUCUCAUAGAAUCAAUCAGGAUGGGGACAACAGUGGCCACAAAUGCAUUAUUGGAAAGGAAGGGCACUAAAAUGGCAUUGGUUAUAAAUAAAGGUUUUAAAGAUUUACUAUAUAUUGGUAACCAAGCUAGACCACACAUUUUUCAGCUUAACAUAAAGCGUCCUGGAGUUUUAUACACUGAAGUUGUAGAAGUAGAUUGUCGCGUGAUACCCGCACUAGACCAUUGUCAGAUCGACAAAUCGAAUUUAAAUUGGAAGGAAGUAUAUGGGACUACCGGUCAGAAAAUGCUGGUUACCAAAGACAUUGAUGAGGAAGCAGUGCGGAAAGAUCUGAAAGUAUUGAGAGAGAAAGGGAUAGAUAGCAUUGCGGUAGUUCUCGCACAUAGUUACACUUAUAGAGAACAUGAAAUAAAGAUUGGCAAGAUUGCUGAUGAUUUAGGUUUCAACCAAGUAUCGCUAUCUCACUCUGUCAUGUCAAUGAUAAGGAUGGUACCCCGGGGUUUCACAGCAUCAGCUGACGCAUAUCUCACUCCUCAUAUAAAAGAGUAUGUGAAAGGGUUCUCCGGUGGCUUCACUGAUGGAUUGAAAGGUUCCAAUGUACUGUUUAUGCAGUCUGAUGGAGGAUUGACUCCAAUGAAUUUAUUCAAUGGAUCUCGUGCUAUAUUAUCUGGGCCCGCUGGAGGGGUAGUGGGCUAUGCACUAACAUCUUAUCAAAAAGAGACAGGAUUACCUGUAAUAGGUUUCGAUAUGGGUGGAACUUCAACAGAUGUAUCGAGGUACGCUGGAGCGUUGGAACACGUGCACGAAGCCACUACUGCAGGAGUUACUAUACAGGCACCGCAAUUGGACAUAAACACAGUGGCAGCCGGUGGGGGCUCCAUGCUGAUGUUCCGGUCGGGGCUGUUCGUGGCGGGGCCGGAGUCCGCGGGGGCGGAGCCCGGCCCUGCCUGCUACAGGAAGGGCGGCCCGCUCACUGUUACUGAUGCUAAUUUAUUAUUGGGUCGUCUUCUACCAGAAUACUUCCCAAAAAUAUUUGGUCCCAACGAAAAUGAACCUUUAGAUAAAGAAGCGACCACUCAGGCCUUUAAGAAAUUGACAGAGGAAAUCAAUUGCUUCUUGAAACAAGAUGGCGGGAAAGAGAUGACUAUGGAAGAGGUCGCGAUGGGUUUCAUCAUCGUUGCUAACGAAGCAAUGUGUCGUCCUAUUAGAGCACUAACAACGUCCCGCGGGUACGAUUCACGCAAUCACGCAUUAGCGUGCUUCGGCGGCGCGGGCGGCCAGCACGCCUGUGCCGUCGCCAAGCAACUUGGGAUAUCCACUGUCCUCACACAUAAAUAUGCUGGUAUCCUCUCAGCGUAUGGCAUGGCGUUAGCUGAUGUAGUGCAGGAAGCUCAAGAGCCAAGUGCGGUCGAAUACAGCUCUAACAACUUUGACAAGUUAGAUGCCCAACUCGAUAAGUUGGCUGCUGUCUGUAGAGAAAAGUUGAGGGCUCAAGGUUUCAAAGACCCGCAAAUUGUGGUAGAACCGUACCUCCACAUGAGGUACGCGGGCACGGACUUCGCUCUCAUGGUGCCUCCCACCAAGGGAGAUAACGGCAUGAUACAUGGUGACUUUUAUACAUCGUUUAUUAACAGAUAUAGAAACGAAUUCGGUUUCACAUUGUCAAACAAAAUAUACGUAGACGAUGUCCGAAUCCGCGCCAUUGGAAAGAGUGAAGUGACAGAUGAAGUGGCGCCACCUAGUGGCAAAGGAACUAAACCUACUGUUGAAAAGGUUGUGAAGGUGUACUUCGAAGGUGGCUAUCAAGACACAGCGAUAUAUUUGUUGGAUAAAUUGCUUCCAGAACAAGAAAUCAAUGGACCGGCCAUUAUUAUGGAUAAACUGUCUACAAUACUUGUAGAACCUGGAUGUCUUGCAGAAAUAACUAAAUACGGUGACAUCCGCAUAACGAUGGGUGAAGGGAAGCCCAAGAUGGUGACUGCAGAUCUUGACUCAGUGCAAUUGAGUAUAUUUUCUCAUCGAUUCAUGUCCAUUGCUGAACAAAUGGGCAGGGUGCUCCAAAGAACAUCUAUAUCUGUGAACAUAAAGGAGCGCUUGGACUUCUCGUGCGCGCUGUUCGGUCCGGACGGCGGGCUGGUGUCCAACGCGCCGCACAUCCCCGUGCACCUCGGCGCCAUGCAGGAGACCGUGCAGUACCAGAUCAAAGUUCGUGGUGAUUCUCUAAAGGCAGGUGACGUGUUGUUGGCCAAUCAUCCCAAAGCAGGAGGCUCUCACUUGCCAGACCUUACUGUAAUCACUCCCGUGUUUCACAAAUCGAACACCAAACCGAUAUUCUUCGUGGCGUCCCGCGGCCAUCACGCCGACAUCGGCGGGCUGACGCCGGGCUCCAUGCCGCCGCACUCCACCGCGCUGGCGCAGGAGGGCGCCGCCUUCAGCUCCAUGCUGCUGGUGGAUGGCGGGAGCUUCCAGGAGGAUCUCUUGGUUGAGGAGCUCAUGAAACCAGGGAAAGUACCGGGAUGUUCUGGAACACGAAACUUAAGUGACAAUCUGUCAGAUUUGAAAGCCCAAGUUGCCGCAAACCAACGGGGAAUCCAAUUGGUAUCUGAACUGAUAGAAGAAUACAAUUUGGAUGUGGUCCAAGCGUACAUGGGACAUAUUCAAAAAAAUGCCGAAUUAGCUGUUAGAGACAUGUUAAAGGAAAUAGCAAAACAAGCCAUAGAGAAGACGGGAUCAGCAGUUCUCAAGGCGACGGAGUAUAUGGACAACGGCACUCCCAUAGUGCUAACAGUUACUCUGGAUGAGGCACUCGGCGGUGCUGUGUGUGAUUUUACAGGUACCGGCGUAGAGGUUUGGGGCAAUCUGAACGCACCACGAGCUAUCACUCUAUCCGCUUUAAUAUACUGCUUAAGGUGUAUGGUGGGAUACGACGUACCCUUGAAUCAGGGCUGUUUGAACCCAGUACAAGUGAUCAUACCACCAGGCUCUAUCCUAGACCCGUCGGACACCGCAGCAGUGGUCGGCGGCAACGUGCUCACAUCACAGCGGAUUGUUGACGUUGUGUUGAAAGCUUUUCAGGUGUGCGCGGCGUCCCAAGGCUGUAUGAACAAUUUGACUUUGGGAGAAGCGAACUGGGGCUAUUACGAGACCGUAGCGGGAGGCAGCGGUGCUGGUCCAGGCUGGCGGGGCGCGGGCGGCGUGCACACGCACAUGACCAACACGCGCAUCACCGAUAUAGAGAUAGUAGAGACCAGGUACCCGAUACUGGUCACCAAGUUCAUGCUGAGGGACGGUUCCGGGGGACGAGGUCAAUGGAAUGGCGGCGAUGGGUUAACAAGAGAGUUAGUGUUUAGAAGAACAGUCCAGCUCUCGGUCCUCACCGAACGUAGGGCCUUCCAGCCUUAUGGGAUGAAUGGUGGAGAACCGGGAGAAAGGGGUUUGAAUAUUCUUCAAAGAGCUGACGGUAGACUCAUCAACCUUGGAGGGAAGGCCUCUGUGGAAGCUUAUCCUGGGGAUAAGUACAUCAUGAAUUCGCCAAGCGGAGGAGGCUACGGGCGUUCGGACUCCAUACAAGCGCUCACACAACAAGAUAAAACAUAUAGUGAAUUCAUUGAACGUGGUAGCGUGUUCGAAUACAGAAGUGCUCAAGAGCAAUCUCUUAGUAAACUGCACAAGACAAUGAUGUUCUCCCGACCGAUUCCGGCCACGGCGGCCAAUCUCAUUGAGACUAGCCAACUGCGCAGGAGAUAUUAUAGUGCACAAGUGUACGCGCAGACACAACGUGCACUCUCUAUUCCUGUCACUCUCAUACUCCGGUGGGACGACGCGAGACACGACCAG